AGUGGCAAGCGGACAGCUGAGCAACAAUAUUUCUGUGGCAACUACAGAAGAUAUUCAGAAACGUCAAUCAUGAUACGACAGGCCGUGUGUGUCCUCUUGCUAGUAGGAUGUGCUGUCGCAUUCCCCAAGGUGACGAUGCUGUUCCGGGAGCCGGACAGCUACGAGGCCGAGGUGACGUGCUGCCGUGACGUCGUCAACACGCGUCACUACUACAGAGACGUGGUCAGGGUGAGCGCGCUCUACCUCAGCUCGCACGUCCGCAACGUCCACUCUGGGCUCUCGAUUCCGGAGCACGAGGACGUCAGGGUCACCCUGCUGGAGGAGACGUCUGCAGGGCUCAUCAGUCUGGUCGCCAAGGGCAGCUUCUCUGGGGUCGCGGCACCGCAGACACUCCUGAGGAUACCCAUUAGCUACACCACCAACACGGCCUCCCAGUUCAUAUUUCAAUUCUCGUUUGGUGAUUCCCUCACCUAUCCCCAGUACCCACUUUCCAAUUCUCCGGUUGCUCCCUUCAACUCCACAAACAAUUACCACGUUCUUGGUGUGGAGUACGAAUAUUUUGAGUAGCAGAUUGGAUCCAGAGAACUGCCACUGUGUAACUGGAUACAAAUGUAAGCCACAUUCUGAUAUUUGGUAUUAAUUAAUGUCAAAAUGCUUGAAUGUAUCUAUUAACAACAAUGAGAAUUACUGCACAUUUCAUAUUACUCGUAUAUCUGAAGGAAAUAAACCUUAGUAUGAGAAGUAACUUA